ACUUUGGUAUGACAAAGUAGAGUUUGAUUCACACGGUAUCUGAGUAUCUGAAGCUUUUAGCAACAACACGACGAACUGAUUUGGAGACUCUCAGUAAAACAUAAUUGGCAAACUUUUGGUGGCACGAAUGACAUCUUAAUGGUACUUCAAAAGUGUGAUAUGUUUUUGCUUUCAAAGAAAUGCUAGUGGCUGCUUUAUUUCCUGCCAUUUUGGGCCAGGAUGUUGUGGGGGGCAGCUAUAGGUAAAACCUGCCUACAGACAUCGACACAAAAUGGAGAUUGUGUCUCUCUGCCUAAUGCUCUGUUUCACCCCCAUUGCAGCCGCACUGAGCAUCAGUCCCAACAGAUCUCAGUUCUUUCGGUAUGAAGAAAUCUAUCUGAGGUGUGAGGAGAAGGAAAACUCCACCGGCUGGAUGGUGAAAAGAAACACCUCCGAUUCGACAUCUGAAGUGUGCAAGUUUGGCUGGGCCAUCCCAGGUGAGUCCUCCUGCACUAUCGAGGAUGCCUACCCAACAGACACAGGAGUGUACUGGUGUGAGUCUGAGCAGAGGGAGUACAGCAACAGCAUCAACAUCACAGUGACAGCUGGUGCUGUGAUCCUGGACAGCCCUGUACUUCCUGUGACAGUGGGAGACACUGUGACACUUCGCUGUUCCUAUAGGAAAGGAGACCGAGAUGACUCUACUUCAGAUUUCCCUGCUACGUUCUACAAAGAUAAUGUUUUCCACGGUACUGAGAGAGGAGAGAUGAUCCUUAAAUCGGUGUCCAAGUCUGCCGAAGGUUUCUACGAGUGUGAAUACCCCGGAGAAGGAAAGUCAGAGAAGAGCUGGCUGGCUGUGAGAGCCAGAGCUCUGCCUAUAUAUGUACCAACCACUCCUCCUCCUCCUCAUCCUCCUCUGAUGUCUCUGCCCAACCUGGUGUGUAUCAUUCCUGCUGUUCAUCCUCUACACUGGCAUACUCAUCCUGUGUAUAUCCAUAUACAGAAGGUUGGCUCGAGCUCAAGCUGGUGUUUCUGAUCAUCUCAUACCAGAAUGAUGAAGAAAACAAGAAGGACGAAGCAUUUUGUCAUUCACAUUAAACAGCCAAAGCUACUGGGAACAAUAUAAAUAUUUUUUUUACUUUUUAUCUUAUUUUUGUCAUUUAACA